AUGUCCGAGCUCGCCAACGCCACCAUGUCGGCCCUGGACGUCACGGCCAACCGCACGGACAGCCUCUUCGCCCCGCUGCUCAACCGCACCGCGGCGGCCGUCCCCAACGUGUCGGCCAUCAACGCCAGCUCCAUUGGCGCCGGCCUGAACUCCGCCCUGUCGGGCAUCUCGAGCUUUGUCAGCAACGUGACCUCGGGCCUGGGCAACGCCUCCGCGGCCCUCAACAACACCCUCCGGCCCCCCUCGACGGCGGCGCCCGCCCCCAGCAGCGGCGCCGCCGGCCUCGGCGCGGCCUCGGCGCUCGCGGCGGCCUCGGCGUUCGUGGCGCUGCUGGUGCUUGCGUGA